UACGAAAUGCUGUGGGCACCUUGGUCGGGACUGGGAAAGUAACCUUGACUGUCAGAGACAAAUCGCAGCCUCCUCGCCGUCCGCCACAGCGAGCCGCCUGACUGCCGGUGGCAGGAGGUAAUCCGGAGGCAGCGGACAGCGAGACGGCCAGGUCAUGCACACGGUCGCGGGCCUCUCGGCGACCUAACUGUCACCGGGCAGGGCCUCCUGGGAGCCGUGGCGGGCGAGCUCAAGUAUGCUGGGAGCCGUGAAGAUGGAAGGACACGAGCCGUCCGACUGGAGCAGCUACUAUGCCGAGCCCGAGGGCUACUCCUCCGUGAGCAACAUGAACGCCGGCCUGGGAAUGAAUGGAAUGAACACGUACAUGAGCAUGUCGGCGGCCGCCAUGGGCAGCGGCUCGGGCAACAUGGGCGCGGGCUCCAUGAACAUGUCCUCGUACGUGGGCGCGGGCAUGAGCCCGUCCCUGGCUGGCAUGUCCCCGGGCGCCGGCCCCAUGGCAGGCAUGGGCGGCACGGCUGGCGCUGCGGGUGUGGCGGGCAUGGGGCCGCACCUGAGCCCCAGCCUGAGUCCACUUGGGGGACAGGCGGCAGGGGCCAUGGGCGGCCUGGCGCCCUACGCCAACAUGAACUCCAUGAGCCCCAUGUACGGGCAGGCGGGGCUGAGCCGCGCGCGCGACCCCAAGACUUACCGGCGCAGCUACACUCAUGCCAAGCCGCCCUACUCUUAUAUCUCGCUCAUUACCAUGGCCAUCCAGCAGAGCCCCAACAAGAUGCUGACGCUGAGCGAGAUCUACCAGUGGAUCAUGGACCUCUUCCCCUUCUACCGGCAGAACCAACAGCGCUGGCAGAACUCCAUCCGCCACUCGCUGUCCUUCAACGACUGCUUCCUCAAGGUGCCGCGCUCGCCUGACAAGCCUGGCAAGGGCUCCUUCUGGACCCUGCACCCCGACUCGGGCAACAUGUUCGAGAAUGGCUGCUACCUGCGGCGCCAGAAACGCUUCAAGUGCGAGAAGCAGCUGGCGCUGAAAGAGGCGGCGGGCGGAGGCAAGAAAGGCGCGGCGGGGAGCUCUGCCACUCAGGCUCCGCUUGGGGAGCCCUCUGGGCCAGCCCCCGAGACGCCGGCGGGCACCGAGUCACCGCACUCAAGCGCGUCUCCCUGCCAGGAGCACAAGCGAGGGCCCCUCGGGGAGCUGAAGGUGCCCCCCACCGCAGGGCUGAGCCCCCCGGAGCCCGCGCCCUCCCCGGGGCAGCAGCCCUCCGCCGCUGCGCACCUGCUGGGCCCGGCGCACCACCCCGGCCUGCCGCCCGAGGCGCACCUGAAACCGGAGCACCACUACGCCUUCAACCACCCCUUCUCCAUCAACAACCUCAUGUCCUCGGAGCAGCAGCACCACCACAGCCACCAUCACCACCAGCCGCACAAAAUGGACCUCAAGGCCUACGAACAGGUGAUGCACUACCCUGGCUACGGGUCCCCCAUGCCAGGCAGCUUGGCCAUGGGCCCAGUCACGAACAAAGCGGGCCUGGACGCCUCGCCCCUGGCAGCAGACACUUCCUACUACCAGGGGGUGUACUCGCGGCCCAUUAUGAACUCCUCUUAAGAGGACACCUGCAGGACUGGCUAGCUCCAGCAGCCAGGGCAAAGGACAAGAGACAAAGGAAGCUGGUAGAGGCUCCAGGGAGGGAGUUUCCAAGAGGUGCAAGGGAGGAGAGACCCAGGACACCUGUGCCCCAGACAGCAGUCUCCUGGCUCACAUUCUCCUGCGCUCCAGACAGAUGGGCCACACUGAUGCCUGUCAUUCUGUAUAAGCAGGGAGAGGGGGAAAUAGGAAGUAUGAAAAAAGAGGAAAAGAAAAAAAAAAGCCUUCGGUUUCCACUACUCUGUAGACUCCUGCUUCUUUAAGGACCUGCAGAUCCUGAUUUUUUUGUUGUUGUUCUCCUCCAUUGCUGUUGUUGCGGCUAAGUUUUACUUAAAAAACAAACAAACAAACUUUUGUGAGUGACUCCGUGUAAAACCAUGUAGUUUUAACAGAAAACCAGAGGGUUGUACUGUUGUUUAAAAAGACAGAAAAAAAGUGAUGUAAAGGUCUGAUGUAAAUGACCAAGAAAAAGAAAAAAAAAGCAUUCCCAUUCUCGAUAUGGUAAAAUCCAGGUCUCGGGUCUGAUUAAUUUAUGGUUUCUGCGUGCUUUAUUUAUGGCUUAUAAAUGUAUAUUCUGGCAACAAGGGCCAGAGUUCCACAAAACUAUAUUAAAGUGAUAUUGCUGGUUUUAUCCCCUGAA